AUGGAGCCCACUGUGGUACUCAUCACUGGCUGUUCCUCGGGCAUCGGCAUGCACCUGGCCCUGCGUCUGGCAUCCGACCCAUCCAGAAGCUUCAAAGUGUAUGCUACCAUGAGGGACCUGAAAUCACAGGGCCCGCUGUGGGAAGCGGCCCAGUCCCGAGGAUGCCCACCUGGCUCCCUGGAGAUAUUGCAGCUGGAUGUGAGGGAUGCAGAUUCCUUGGCUGCAGCCCAGGCCCGCGUUACUGAAGGCCGUGUGGACGUGCUGGUGUGCAACGCGGCCCGGGGCCUUCUGGGACCCCUAGAGGAGCAGACUUCGAAGGCAGUGGCCUCGGUACUGGAUGUGAACUUGGCAGGGACAGUGCGGAUGCUGCAGGCCUUCCUGCCAGACAUGAAACGCCGCCGCUCAGGACGCAUCUUGGUGACAGGGAGCAUGGGAGGUCUAAUGGGCCUACCCUUCAAUGAAGUUUACUGUGCCAGCAAGUUCGCGUUGGAAGGUUUAUGCGAAAGCUUGGCGGUUCAGUUGCUGCCCUGGAAGGUCCACGUGAGCCUCAUCGAGUGCGGCCCGGUGCGCACCCCCUUCUACGAGAAGGUGGAAGGGGGCCCCGGCGGGUCGCUGGGCGACGCGGACGCCGAGACCCGCGAGCUCUUCUCCCGCUUCCAGCGCCACUCGGAGUGCGUGUACCGCGAGGAGGCGCAGGAGCCGGACGAGGUGGUGGAGGUCUUCCUGGCCGCGCUGCGCGACCCGCACCCGGCCCUGCGCUACUUCAGCACCGAGCGCUACCUGCCCCUGUUGCGCCUGCGACUGGACGACCCCAGCGGCCGCAGCUUCGUGGGUGCCAUGCACGGCGGCAUCUUCCACGAGCAGCGGGAGGGCCUCAAAGGCACCGCCGGCUCCGAGGCCGGAGCCAGACCACACGAGGGGCCCUGA